AACAGUGUACGUUUAUAAAAGUAAUUUCAGAGUUUUGUGUCAGCUGGUUGUGGAACAGCGCCGCUGGUUCAGACUGAGGUCACAGCGGCGUUUAUUUCGGUUUGUUUGCUGAUGCUGGAGCGGCAAGCUUAACUCAAUCCAAAAUGUUCAUAGCUGCGAGAUCAGCGCUCUUUCUCGUCUCAAGGCGUCUGCAGCCGUGGACCCGAGUAAAGAAGAGAACCGCAAACAACCUGAAAAGCCCUGCAGUGUGUUGCCAGAGGAAGAAGUCUUCAUAUACUCCUCCUCCUGCUAAAUAUGGAGGCAGACACACUGUGACUUUGAUCCCUGGUGAUGGUAUUGGACCAGAACUGCUGAACCACGUGAGAGAGCUUUUCAGAUUCUGCUGUGUGCCAGUGGAUUUUGAGAUUGUCAGGGUGGAUUCAUCUGCUUCCUCUGAGGAUGACAUCAAUAAUGCGGUUACUGCAAUCAAACGUAAUGGAGUAGCACUUAAAGGUAACAUAGAAACCAAUCACAACCUUCCUCCAUCUCAUAAAUCCAAGAACAAUUUGCUUCGUACAUCUUUAGAUCUGUAUGCAAACGUCAUGCACUGUCAGUCUCUUCCUGGAGUCCCGACCCGCCACAAAGACGUUGACGUCAUCAUCAUUAGGGAAAACACUGAAGGAGAGUACAGCAACUUGGAGCAUGAGAAUGUUCCCGGGGUGGUGGAGAGUCUAAAGAUCAUAACACGUGUGAAUUCAUUGCGGAUCGCUGAGUAUGCCUUUAACUUGGCCAGGGAGAAAGGCCGCCGCAAGGUCACGGCAGUACACAAGGCUAAUAUCAUGAAGCUUGGUGAUGGCCUUUUCCUACAGAGCUGUAAAGAGGUGGCGGCUGGAUAUCCUGAUAUCACAUUUGAUAACAUGAUCGUGGACAAUACCACCAUGCAGCUGGUCUCUAAGCCCCAGCAGUUUGAUGUGAUGGUGAUGCCUAAUCUCUAUGGAAAUGUGGUGAGCAAUGUGUGCGCUGGACUUGUUGGAGGUCCAGGUCUAGUACCAGGAGUCAACUACGGCAAAGACUAUGCUGUUUUUGAGACCGCCACUAGGAACACUGGGAAAAGCAUUGCUAACAAGAAUAUUGCAAACCCCACGGCGACACUGCUGGCAAGCUGCCUGAUGCUGGAUCACUUAAAGCUUCAUGCAUAUGCCAAAAUGAUUCGAAAGGCAGUUCUAAAAACUUUGUCUGAAACUCAGUUGCACACUGCUGACUUGGGAGGUCAGGGUACUACAUCUGAAGUGGUCCACACCAUUAUGCAGGAGAUCCAGAGAGGAGGACCGCGCACAUCAGAACAGAUCUAAACAUCAUUUCAGCAGAUAUGUCAAGUGUCAAAGCAGGCCAGAUGCCAAGAAUUAGGAGCCCCUCUUUCACCGCAUGGGCAGCUGGGUGAAUGUCCUGGCCCUUCUUCAUCUUUAACCCUACAGCACACUGACAUAUACUCUCAGAGUGGCCUGGGUAAAAUCUGUUUCUGCAAUUCCCACAGCACUGACCGAGGAAAACAGAAUAAGUUAUCUGGGCAGAGAAGAAAAAUGGCCAAACGUGGAACCAUCGUAAUGAGCCUAUUGUGAGGUGGUGAGAGAAUAGUACCAAUGACAGUCUGAGGAGGAACAGUCUGAUGUAAUUGCUCACUUACACUCUGCUCCUUUUAAUUAAGCCGUAUAAUAACGAUUAAUCAAAGCAUGACUAAUGCACCUCACUGAGAGCUGUUCUGGGAUACCUACAUCCGUCUUUCAUUAAAAAACAGGAAAGUGGUGGGUGUGAAAUAUGUGUGUAGAGUAGGAGGUUUGAGAGGAUAGGAGGAAAGGACAUAAAGGACAUCAGUUCAUGUGCUAAAGACCCGGCUGUUUCCUGUGGAUUUUGUUACCGCAGGAAAAAUUACUGAUACGACAGAGCAAAAGAUAGCAGGGUCAAUGACAAAUAAGACAGUCAACUAUAAAAGAAAGAAAUGUCUUUUAAAAUCUAGCUUAAAGCACAUUUUACAUUCUAAAUUCUUAAAAAUGUACUAUUUGUAUUCAUUUUGAUCUAAAAAGGUAGUUUUAAAAAAAAAAAACAUUUCUAGAAAUGUAUUUAUUUAUAAAAAAUUAGUUUAUAAAGAGUUUUGGGGAAAACAUAUUAAGAGACAUUAUAAAAAACAUGCUUAUAGAAAAAGUGUAUUCAAGUCAUUAUGUAUAAUUUGCAUAUAAAUAAAUUAACAGUAAUUUAAUCAUUUUAUAUGUAUUAAAUUCUGUUAAUUUAAAUAAAUUGACACAACCAAACACAAGCAUUAGUCACAUCACUGACAUGUCAAAGGUUGGAUCAAAAAUACUAAAAUAUUUUGGAAUAAAGGCCGUACUUAUUUGAUAAAAGAGUAAUAUUGUGAAAUAUUUACGUUUAUAUAUAUAUAUAUAAUUGUAAUUAAAUUCUUUAUUGUAAAUUCUUUAAACGUUUUUUUAUUUUCAAAAAUCAUGUUUUUUAUGAUGUUAUCAUGUUUUUAUUGUGUUCAAAAUAAAUCAAAAUAAUCAAAAUAACCUAACUGCUGUUUGAUUGAGAUUAAUUAGAAUGCACAAUGAAAAAAUUUUUUUUUUUAAAUUAUAAAUUUACUGAUAUAUUUAUUGAUAUAUUCCCUUGAAGGCAAAGCUGAAUUUUCAGCAUCAUUAUUCUGGUCUUCAGUGUCACAUGGCCCUUCAAAAAUGAACCAAUAUUAAAUGAUGGCUGAUAAACAAAUUAAUUAUUUUAAUGUUAUAAGUGAUAAACAACUGAUACUAUAUGAAAUACUGCACAAUUUUGUCUAAAUUAAAUACAUUUAAAUAUGGAAAAAUGUACUUUUUGCACGCUUAAAGUAAAAUCAUUCAAUAUGCUAAUUUGCUGCUCAAAAACCAUUUAUCAUUACUGUCAAAAACAGUUGUACUGCUUAAUAUAUUUGUAAAAAAACAUGAUAAAUGUUUUUCAGGAUUC